UUCCCAACCACGUGGGCAGCGGGAUGGCGGGCGGCGCGGCGGGCGAGGCGCAGUGCCUCAGCUACACGGGCUGCAACUUCCUGCGGCAGCGCCUGGUGCUGGCCACGCUCAGCGGGCGCCCGCUGAAGAUCCGCAAGAUCCGCGCCAAGGAGGAGGACCCCGGCCUCCGCGAUUUUGAAGCAAGUUUUAUUCGUCUGAUUGACAAAGUGACCAAUGGCUCGCGGAUUGAAAUAAACCAAACAGGUACCACCUUGUACUAUCAGCCUGGUCUUCUGUACGGAGGCUCGCUGGAACAUGACUGCAGCCCCAGUCGUGGUAUUGGCUACUAUUUGGAAAGUCUGCUCUGCUUGGCUCCUUUCAUGAAGCAUCCCUUGAAGAUUGUCUUGAGGGGAGUAACAAAUGAUCAAGUAGAUCCUUCAGUUGAUGUCCUUAAGGCAACAGCUCUACCCCUUCUGAAGAAGUUUGGAAUUGAUGGUGAAAGUCUGGAAAUCAAGAUCAACCGAAGAGGAAUGCCUCCCAAAGGGGGUGGAGAGAUACUGUUUGCUUGCCCAGUGAGAAAGGUCUUGCAGCCUGUUCAGUUCACAGACCCUGGAAAAAUCAAGCGCAUCAGAGGAACUGCAUACUCUGUCCGAGUGUCACCACAGAUGGCAAACAGAAUGGUGGAAUCUGCAAGGGGCAUCCUGAAUAAAUUCCUCCCGGACAUCUAUAUCUACACAGAUCAUAUGAAGGGGGUCAGCUCUGGAAAAUCACCAGGUUUUGGCAUGUGCCUUACUGCAGAAACUAUCAAUGGCGCUAUUCUCAGUGCUGAGCUAGCCUCAAACCCUCAGGGGCAGGGAGCAGCUGUCCUUCCUGAGGAACUGGGCCAGAGUUGUGCUAAGCUGCUGCUUGAGGAGGUCUACAGAGGAGGCUGUGUAGAUUCAACAAAUCAAAGCCUUGCUCUGCUCCUUAUGACACUUGGACAGCGGGAUGUUUCCAAAGUCCUGUUGGGACCUCUGUCGCCAUACACAAUUGAGUUUCUGCGACACCUCAGAAGCUUCUUCCAGAUCAUGUUUAAAAUUGAAACCAAGACCACUGAGGAAGAACACACAGGCGGGGAGAAAGUCUUAAUGACAUGUGUUGGCAUUGGAUUUUGCAACCUCAGUAAAACUAUAAGAUAAAAAAACAUCUACAGACUUUGUGAAAGACAGAAAAUGCUGCCAAGAUCUAAUAAAACCUACCUGUCUGUGUACUGUCUGUCUGUACCUGAGUACUGUGUACUCUGGCACAGGGAGACCUGUGAUGAUUCCAGGUGGGGGUAUCCAAGCUCACUGCAUGUAAACAAUAAAGCUGACAUUAGACUAUUUA